AUGCCAGGAUCAAGUAUUAUAUUAGCAACAGCAAGUUAUGAUCAUACAAUCAAGUUUUGGGAUCCACCAAGUGGUAGUUGUUAUAGAAGUAUUGAUUGUGGUGAAUUCCAUAUAAAUAGAUUAGAGAUAACAUCAGAUAAACAUUAUAUAGCAGCAGCAGGUAAUCCACAAACCAAACUAUUUGAAGUAAAUUCAACCAAUAACAACCCGGUCACUAGUUUUGAUGGUCAUAAAGGAAAUGUAUCAAGUGUAGGUUUUCAAAAAGAAGGUAAAUGGAUGUAUACUUCAUCAGAAGAUGGAACUGUAAAGAUUUGGGAUUUAAAAGCACCAGGAUGUCAAAGAGAUUAUGAAUGUAGUGCACCUGUAAAUUGUGUAGUAUUACAUCCAAAUCAAGCAGAAUUGAUUUCAGGUGAUCAAAAUGGUAGUAUCAGAGUAUGGGAUUUAAUAUCAAACACUUGUAGUAGAGAAUUGGUACCAGAUGGAGAAGUUGGUAUCACUUCACUAUCAAUUUCAUCCGAUGGAUCAAUGGUGGUUGCAUCCAAUACCAAAGGAAAAUGUUUUGUUUGGAGAUUAGGUGAAGAUGAUACAUCUCGUUUUGAUCCGCUUCAUAAAAUUGAUGCUCAUAAUGCUCCAAUUCUAAGAUGUUUAUUUAGUCCCGAUACAAAAUUACUUGCAACAACAUCAGCAGAUCAUACAGUAAAGAUUUGGAAUACUAAAAAGUUUAAUGUUGUACAAACAUUACAAGGACAUCAAAGAUGGGUAUGGGAUUGUGCAUUUUCAAAUGAUUCUGCCUAUUUGGUAACUGGAUCAAGUGAUCAAUUGGCAAAACUAUGGGAUUUACAUCAAGGUGAUUCUGUCAAAACUUAUUCUGGUCAUGUAAAGGCUGUUAAUGCUGUUGCAUUAAAUGAUCUUCCAAGAUAG